UGGUAAAAUCCCCAGACUAAAAACCCUCGCGCACAGAGUCGGUCAGUCGCUAUUGAAGAUUUCCAUCAAACUCGUUAUCUUCACUUCGCCUUCCACUCCCAGUCUCCACUCUCAUCUCACCUUUUGAGUCGCACUCCGAUUGCUUUUGUUGCAGCUUCUCUUCUCCAGGUCGGUCCCAAGGCCGGUGGGUAUUCACAAUUUUUGCUGAGAAAGAUGAAGAAUGUGGUGGGGAUGGUCGUUUCCAAUAAGAUGCAGAAAUCGGUGGUUGUGGCAGUGGAUAGGCUGUUUCAUCACAAGCUCUACAACCGAUAUGUGAAGAGGACAUCCAAGUUCAUGGCCCACGAUGAGCACGAUCAUUGCAACAUUGGAGACCGAGUUCGAUUGGAGCCUUCACGCCCUUUGAGCAAACGUAAGCAUUGGAUUGUUGCUGAAAUCCUCACCAAAGCACGCAUUUAUCAGCCUCCUUCACCAUCAGCUUCAGCUGCAGCUCCACUUCAUUCUAGUUCUUAAGGUGAAGCUUUAUCUAAGGCAUCUGAGAGGUUGAGAUGAUAUUAGGUUUAGCCAAAGCUAGUUCCCAUAGUUUCCUGAAUAUUUUGUUUGUAUGGGUGAAUGCACCUUUUCUAGUCGCAACCUAAUUGGGUGAAAUUAUAUCUCCAAUUAUGUACUGAAUUAUCCCACCAGAAACUUUGGAUAAAUUCUACAAUUGAAUCAAUGUUUCGUUAUGAUAUCCAUAUUGAUAGCUCAUGAACAUUGGUUUGGUCAUUGAGCUUUGUAUUAGUGAGAAA